AUGAUAUUUAUAGCAGUAAUGAAAACUGAUCUCUUCACCAGUCUUCCGUUGGUUGGACCAGGAACCGGAGCAGCAAUAGCAUACAUUUUUUCUCUUUUCUUUAUUUACAAGAAUUUGCAUCCACAAGGACGAGGAAGCUAUGAAGAUCGCACCGAAAUGCUUCGUCUUAUUGUCGAUCUUGUAGAGGCAAGCAUCUAUGCUGACAAUCCUGAAUGGAGUGUUGACGAGCAGGUGGCAAGAGACAUACAAUUAAUAGAUGCCAUAGCUGAGAAACAAGCUCAAAUAUUUACAGAAGAGUGCAAGUUGUUUCCUGCUGAUGUGCAAAUUCAAUCUAUAUAUCCACUGCCAGAUAUAUCUGAUUUGGAAAAGCAACUUUCAGAUCAAUCAAACAGACUUCUGAGUCUUCAAGAAAUGGUUGAUGAUCUGGCUUCAAAGCAUCCCUACAAUCCUGAUGAGAAUUACACGGAAGUUGAAGCAAAAUUGAGGGAACAUCUGGAAUCUUUUCUCGAAACUGCAAGAUCCUUUAAUGCAAUUUACACCAAGGAAAUCCGACCUUGGACUCACAUGAUGGAGGUACCGCAGUUACAUGGCUUUGGACCAGCGGCAAAUAGAUUACUAGAAGCAUAUAAGAUGCUUUUGAAGUUUCUAGGGAACUUGAGGAACCUUAGAGAUUCACACGCUGCAGUUGCAGUUGCAGUUGGGUCUUCUGAAACUGUGGCUGGUGAACCAUCUUCUGUAAUGAGAAUAAUCUCCGAGUGCGAAAGUGCAUUGACAUUCUUGAACCGCGAUCUUGGGAUUCUCUCUGCCUCUAUUGCUCGUGAGAAGGGCGAAGAGGUGAAUUUGUAA